UGGGACAACACCUCUCAGGCCCUCUGAUCUAUCUGUUGAGGCGGGGUAUAAAGUCCUCGCCUCCCGCCUGGAGAAGGAGCCACAUUGAGCCACACUCAACCGCGCAGCAUGACGAGAGGAAGCCUGAGCGCGAGUUCCCUCAACGGGACAUCUCCUUUCUCAUUACCAUCAUACUUUCCUUUUUAUGGUGGAGCAACGGACAUCUCCUCAUGCUUGCCAAUCACGAUUCUAUCAACAACACAGACAAAAAAAGCGUGAUCCUUCAGUGUAGAAGUGAUCCAUUCCGUGGGUCCUUCCGGGGAAGCAGCCACACAACAAGCCAUGCACAUCCAGCGACCAGGCGGAGGCGCACUGCACCAUCCUGCGAUGCUGACUUGGGCUCAUUUUGGAGACACAAAUUCACUUCACCCAGUUUACUAGAGGCGUCUAAGUGGUUAUAAUCAAGUUCUGUAGAACGCAGGAGAUUCCGCACUAUCUACACACCGACAACCAGCUGACUAAAGUAGAAGAGGUGUGCAGUAAGCAGCGGUACAUGAUCACCGGACGGAGAAGAUUUUUCUGGCCUCAUCGCUCAGACUGACCGAGACACAGGUCAAAGUCUGGUUCCAGGACAGGAGAACGCGGUGGAGGAAGGCCCACGGGGACAUGGUCGUUGUACCGGAGAGACACACUAAGGGUGAAACAUCGAGCAAGGAGGAGGAUUAGUUGAUUUCCGUGGACAAUGACGAGUCAUGGGUGUAUUUUUUAAAAUGUGUUUUAUAUUAGUAAAUGCCUUGAGUCCAUCACACACAUUCAUGAUGAUUGUUGAAUUCUUAUUCUUGUCAAACAAGAGAGAAAAUUGCCGAUAUUUUACCACUGUGUGGCCUGGCAUGGUAUGCUUUUGCUCAUCAGCUAGGCUAUGAGUCACUGAAGAUUUAGCCACAUAAUUUUUGUAAUGUAUUUUAUAUUCCUCAUAUCACAACAUUCCUUAUGUGAUAUAAUUUCCCCCGCCUUCCUUUUACACCUGGAGUUUUUAUUGGGUUCCCUUUCAGUUUAUGUGGUGGCAUUUAUCCACGUACCGAACCCAGGGUGUGGGCAUAGCCUUGUUCUGAACCCAGGGUGUAGGCAUAGCCUUGUUCCGAACCCAGGGUGUAGGCCUUCUGUACUGAACCCAGGGUGUAGGCAUAGCCUUGUUCCGAACCCAGGGUGUGGGCAUAGCCUUGUUCUGAACCCAGGGUGUGGGCAUAGCCUUGUUCUGAACCCAGGGUGUAGGCAUAGCCUUGUUCCGAACCCAGGGUGUAGGCAUAGCCUUGUUCCGAACCCAGGGUGUGGGCAUAGCCUUGUUCCGAACCCAGGGUGUAGGCAUAGCCUUGUUCUGAACCCAGGGUGUAGGCAUAGCCUUGUUCCGAACCCAGGGUGUAGGCAUAGCCUUGUUCUGAACCCAGGGUGUAGGCAUAGCCUUGUUCUGAACCCAGGGUGUAGGCAUAGCCUUGUUCCGAACCCAGGGUGUAGGCAUAGCCUUGUUCUGAACCCAGGGUGUAGGCCUUCUGUACUGAACCCAGGGUGUAGGCCUUCUGUACUGAACCCAGGGUGUAGGCCUUCUGUACUGAACCCAGGAUAUAGGCCUUCUGUACUGAACCCAGGGUGUAGGCCUUCUGUACUGAACCCAGGAUAUAGGCCUUCUGUACUGAACCCAGGGUGUAGGCCUUCUGUACUGAACCCAGGAUAUAGGCCUUCUGAACUGAACCCAGGGUGUAGGCCUUCUGUACUGAACCCAGGGUGUAGGCCUUCUGUACUGAACCCAGGAUAUAGGCCUUCUGUACUGAACCCAGGGUGUAGGCCUUCUGUACUGAACCCAGGAUAUAGGCCUUCUGAACUGAACCCAGGGUGUAGGCCUUCUGUACUGAACCCAGGAUAUAGGCCUUCUGUACUGAACCCAGGAUAUAGGCCUUCUGUACUGAACCCAGGGUGUAGGCCUUCUGUACUGAACCCAGGGUGUAGGCCUUCUGUACUGAACCCAGGGUGUGGGCCUUCUGUACUGAACCCAGGGUGUGGGCCUUCUGUACUGAACCCAGUAUAUGGGCCUUCUGUACUGAACCCAGGGUGUGGGCCUUCUGUACUGAACCCAGGAUGUAGGCCUUCUGUACUGAACCCAGGGUGUGGGCCUUCUGUACUGAACCCAGGGUGUGGGCCUUCUGUACUGAACCCAGGGUGUAGGCCUUCUGUACUGAACCCAGGGUGUGGGCCUUCUGUACUGAACCCAGGGUGUGGGCCUUCUGUACUGAACCCAGGAUAUAGGCCUUCUGAACUGAACCCAGGAUAUAGGCCUUGCCUCCUGUAUUGCUGUUGUUUCUGUUCUUAAUGUGGAAUAUUUUCGACUGAUCACUGUCUCUAUAUUGUUGUUUUGACUGAUAUUUUUUAGCUACUUGAUAUGCAAUUCUCUUGUAUUUUUUUUUUUUUUAAUAAACCUUUGACCUAUAGAUGUGAAAUGAUGAAUAAAAUAUAGGAAAUGCCUUGUCCAAAACAGCAAGUGGAGAUUUAUUAAAGAACACACAACUUGCUGCAAAUAACUAUAGGCUACAUUAAUAUAUCAUCCAAAUCGACUAAUUCUAAUAUACUCGGAUGACAAUAGUGUGAUGGACAGAAGACUGCAGGUAUAGCACCAAACUGAGUGACUAAUGCAUUAUGGGCCACUACAGACUGUUUAUUCGUUUUCAAUGAGUUAAGACGUCCCCCCAGGCAUACUGGCCUUCACUUAACCAGGUAUUAUGUUCCUAGAAGCCAGGUGUGUGGAGGUAAAAGCUUAAAGUCAGACCCAACACUGACAUUCUUCUCCCUAAUUGACCUUUAUGGACUCGAGCUGACAGAGACAGGAAAUGUUUGUGCGCGAGAGUAAAUAAAUCAGACAGUCCGGAGAGAGAGAGAGAGACAGCCAUAAGGGCACAAAACGUUCCACAAUUUGAGCCUAAAUAUGCUUCAAGGUUAAAUUCCUCCUCACGCCAUUUGCACAAA